CGCUAUAAACAACCCUCGCGUGCCGGUUCUCAACUAAAACUACGUGUUGAGCGUGAGCAGUGAUCACGGAGGAAACAGGGUGUCGUUGUUACCACAGGAAAAAAGAAGCAGCGCAGACAAAGAUGGACAGUGUGCUGGACCCGUUCUCUGCACUCGACUCUUUCUCCUCUCCUCCUUAUUUCGACGAUGACGACUUUUUCACCGACCACUCGUCAAGAGACGGACACUUGGACACUGAUGACUUUUUGGACGACGACGACUUCCUCACCAGUCAUUUCCAAGACUAUUACAGCAAAGACGACUGCAGCAGAGCAGCGCCUAAUGAUGGAGACUACGACAUCGGCAACAUGUCCUUUUCCUCCUCAUCCUCCACCUUCUCAUACGGCUGUGCUGACAGCACGUCGGACCUGUCCCCACAGACGGGCCAUCACGGCGGACCACUACUAAAGCGGAGGAGGCGAAUGCGGUCUGACAGGGAGAUGCAGCACUUGAGACAGGCGGCCAACGUCAGGGAGCGACGACGUAUGCAGUCCAUCAAUGACGCGUUCGAGGGUCUUCGCACCCACAUCCCCACUCUGCCCUACGAAAAGAGACUGUCCAAGGUGGACACUCUGCGGCUCGCCAUCGGCUACAUCAACUUCCUUGCCGAGCUUGUGCAAUCCGAUCUGCCAAUCAAAAACUCCAGCACUGAAAUCCACGUGCAACCCAAGAAGGUUAUCAUCUGUCACAGGGGAACAAGGUCUCCCUCUCCAAGCGACCCGGACUACGGGCUGCCUCCGCUGGCCGGUCACUCUCUGUCAUGGUCGGAUGAAAAACAACUCCGGGAGCAGAACAUAAUCCGCACCACCAAGGUUUGGACCCCGGAAGAUCCGAGAAAACGGCCCAACAAACCGGGCCACACGGAUAUUGAAAACGAGCCUCCUCUCAGCCUUGUGGCCAAUUACCAGUCCAUCUGAUGAGCCUUGUACAACGCACACUGUAAAUAUGAAGACUAAGAAGUGCAUUAAGUUAAUAUUUUUCAACAUGCACUUCUAGCCAAAUUGCGAAAAUGUGAGCACCAGAGUUCAGUUGUUGUAUUCAAUGUUGUAAUUUUUUUUAUCAUGUUGAUAAUUUCUUUGUAAUUCAUGCAACUGACAGUCAUGUAUUUAUUUUGUCACAAGUGAUAAUAUAUGUUUUAAUUUAAUUCUACUGAAUUUAAAUUAUUUGUAUACUAUUGUACAAUGAUUUCGUAUAUUUAUAUACAACCUGCAAAUAAAAGCACCUGU